UGCAUCUCAGCGAGCGCGCCAGCCCCGGGGCCGGAAGUGUGCGCUGCAGAAGGAGCGCGCCCUCCGCGGCGCUGGGGACACAGGCCGGAAGCGUACACUGCGCAGGGAGCCCCGCUACUGCGCUUCCGGCAGCGGCCUACUUCGAUCUAGGCCCCUGCGUCGACUUGGGUUCCCCGCGCGGGUUCUCCUCGGGGUCGUCUCGCGCUCCUCCAUGGUGGGCGAGGACCCUUGAGCUGCGCUGUCUCGGCGACUGCGGGCUCUGAGCGUGAGAGCGAAGGCCGCGCCGACAUGAGCGGCAAAGAAGGACCAGGAGGGUUCAGGAAGAGGAAGCAUGACAACUUCCCACAUAACCAAAGAAGAGAUGGGAAGGAUGUCAGUUCGUCUUCCCCGGUGAUGUUGGCCUUCAAAUCGUUUCAGCAGGAGUUGGAUGCAAGGCAUGACAAAUAUGAGAGACUUGUGAAACUAAGUCGGGAUAUAACUGUUGAAAGUAAGAGGACAAUAUUUCUUCUCCAUAGGAUUACAAGUGCUCCUGAUAUGGAAGAAAUAUUGGCUGAAUCAGAAAUUAAAUUGGAUGGUGUCAGACAAAAAAUAUUACAGGUAGCCCAAGAGCUCUCAGGAGAAGAUAUGCAUCAAUUCCAUCGAGCCAUCACUACAGGACUGCAGGAAUAUGUGGAGGCUGUCUCUUUUCAACACUUCAUCAAAACACGUUCAUUAAUCAGUAUGGAAGAAAUUAAUAAACAGUUGACAUUUACAACAGAAGACAGUGGGAAAGAAAACAAGACUCCCUCCUCUGAUGGACAAGAUAAGCAGCUUGUUACUUGGAGACUGAAAAUCACCCCUGUUGAUUACCUGCUGGGAGUGGCUGACCUAACUGGAGAAUUGAUGCGGAUGUGUAUCAACAGUGUGGGGAAUGGGGACAUUGACACUCCCUUUGAAGUGAGCCAGUUUCUACGUCAGGUAUAUGAUGGGUUCUCAUUCAUUGGCAAUACUGGGCCCUAUGAGGUUUCUAAGAAGCUAUACACCUUGAAACAGAGCCUGGCCAAAGUGGAGAAUGCAUGCUAUGCCCUCAAAGUCCGGGGCUCAGAGAUUCCCAAGCACAUGCUAGCAGACGUGUUUUCAGUUAAAACAGAGAUGAUUGAUCAGGAAGAGGGCGUUUCUUAGAGCAGCAUCACGGCUGUUCUCUGAGGAAUGCCUGAGAGACCGUGGGAGACUUAGUGAGUGUUGCAUUUGACUUUAUCGUGGCUUUUAUGUAGAGAUGUCUCCAAUUGUACUAGUUUGAAGUCGCAUAUAAGCUGUAUAUAGAUUUAUCUAAGUGAGUGUUUCUAUUCAUGAGCAUUUACAUAGUAUUUGCAUAUAUGCCUGUUGGAGUUGUCUGCUGGCUAGCCUUAUCCUUUUGUCUGUGUUAUGUGAACAUGCUUCCAAUUGCACUUUCUGCUACACCUACUUUGACUCACUUUGAACUCAUUGAUGAAUUUUUAGUGGAAGCCACUUAAGCUAGUGAGUUUAUUACAUGGAGAAAAGAUUUCUUAGUGAAAUUUCUGAACUUGAGCUUCCUGUUUUAGUUGCUUGGCAGUAUUGUGGCAAGCCUCCAAAAUAGGCUUGACCCAUGGAAAAAAAUUUAAAUGAGUAAGCUACCAAUAUUUUUAAGUAAAGUUUUGGUAGAAUUAUUGUGAGAACUCAUGUAAAUUUUGGCCAAUUUGGGCCAUUUUGAAUUUCUAUGAAAUAGCUUUCCAGGAAAGUUGAUGGGUGUCCAGAUGGGAGUGUCUCCAUUUUGUCUCCGUCUUUUAUCACAGGUGUGAUGGGGAAGUGGAGCUGACAUCAUGACAGUUUUCAUUGGUGAGGUCGAGUUGAAUUAUAUCUUUGUAUAUAAACCAAAAGCUUCCGUAGGGAGCAGUUAGGCUCUGUGUCAUUGUGUUAGGCUUGUCAGGACUUUCCUAGUCUAGCAUCUUCUAGAAACUAAACAACUAUGAUGAUAUUUGAAAUACUAAGUUAGUCCAAAACUUUGUAUUUGUCCCUUGGUGUUAAUUAAUAAAGUUGCCAAAGAAAAUGAAUUCUGUGUAAUUCAGCAAUAAGACAGUUGCCAACACGACGACGGGAGCACUGGUAGUCAUGAGUUGACCCACUCAGCGCUUACACGUGUGAAGCUAGCUUAGCAUGACCCUUCUGGGUGACCACCACACAUUUCCAACUAGUUUUUUGAGUUUUCAGAAUUUAGAUACUGGGUUUUAUUUUUGGAAAGAUUAUUUCUGUUUGUAAGGGCUGAUUCUUUGAAAAUGUAAUUUUCCAAAAAUUAAAACACAUACAUGUCUGAUAAGUUAGAUUCAUCUAUCUUCGUGAUGAUGGGUUUUGGGUUCUGUGAUCUAAGACAUACAUUGUUCAGUUAUAGUCAGCCCCAUUACAUUUUUUUUGUUUGUUUCCUCAGUUGCUUCAAGUUAAAUUUAUAAUAUUAAAAUAAUAAUGAAGUAUGUUUUACAGCUUAAGACAAAUUUUGAAUAAAAUACUAAAAUACAGGA